AUGGCUGCGCCGCAACCCCGUCCGGUUCCGCUGCGGGACCGCGGCGGGCCUGCGGGCGCGCCAGCGGGCCCUUCACCAGUGCCACAGGGAGCAGAUGUCACUGUUGAUCCUGCUGCUGCUGUCACAGCAGACCCAUCAGCACCUUGGGCUCAUGUGUGGCAAGUGGUGCACGCUUCCCAUCUGGACCGGCGGCAGCGCGUGACAGCGUGGAGGCUGCUGCAUGGCCAGCUCUUCGUCGGCGGCUUCGCGCGUCACGUCCACCGCGCCGAUCCCGCCGGUCACGUUUGCCCGCAUCCGAGCUGUGCAGGUCAGCUGGCCACACUCACCCAUGUCUUCAUCAUCUGCCCUCUCGCCGCCGGGGUGUGGGACUGGUUCGCAGCGACAUGGGCCGCGGUGACCGGAGACGACGCGCCACCGCGCAGCGCCGACCUUCUUCUCGCCGAUGACACCAGGAUCUGGGGACCGCCGCGGCAGCUCAGGCAGCUCUGGGAUCGCCUGCGGCUCGCUACAAUCUGUCAGCUGUGGGCAGCAUAUCAGCGCGGCCGCCACCAGCCAGAUGCGGCGGCGAUCACCCCCGGAGCGGUUGCGGCUCGCAUCCUGUCUUCCUGCAAGAAGGCCCUGCUUGCCGAUUGGCGGCUCGCGACCGUCAACGUCCGGCAGACAGCAGGUGUGCUCAGCGACUGGCUUCGCGGACGCGACCCGAUGAUCACCAGGGAGCAGUUUGCGGCGCGAUGGUGCCACCGCGCGGUCCUCUGCGCGCUGGAGGAGCUGCCGGGCGCGCAACCAGUCAUCCACUGGAGUGCCCAGCAUCCCGUGCCGCUUCCAGCGUGA